AUGGUUUUCAAGUCCCUGAAUCCGCACCUUGAUAUCCCAGCGGAUAUCACCGUUUGGGACUGGCUCUUUGAUCCCUAUUCUCCUUAUUGUCCGCUAUCUAAGUUUCCCGGGUCUGAGAUUGCCGGAUACACUAAUGCCACAACGAGGGAGCGGAUUAGUUUUGCUCAAGUGAAGGAGUACACCACUUUGUUAUCCACCGCUCUGGUAAAAAUGUUCGACCUACAAGAGGGCGAAACAGUCGCACUGUUUAGCCAAAACACAAUAUGGUAUCCAGUUGCCAUGCUAGGAACUAUCAGAGCAGGUGGAGUCGUCUCUGGCGCUUCUCCGGCAUACAAUGUGGAAGAAAUGACAUAUGCUCUCGAAACAGCCCAGGCCAAAAUCUUGAUGACUAUGCCGGCGUCAAUGAAGGUAGCUGUGGAGGCUGCUAAAAAUGCUGGCAUCCCACAAAAUAGGAUCCUCCUACUCGAGGGCGAGGUAGAAGGCUAUACAACAAUGAAACAGCUUUUAGAUAUAGGGAGGAGUUUUGGCCCCGAAGGACAAACAAAUCCAUUCAGAAUUCUCUCUGGAAAGAAAAAUAAAGACGUCUGUGGGUUUCUGAGCUUCAGCAGUGGCACAACUGGGUUACCUAAAGCGGUUAUGAUUUCCCAUCAAAAUGUGAUUGCCCAGUGUCUGCAGGUUCAACAAGUAACUCCUGAGACACAUAAAAAGAUCCUCGCAGUUUUACCUUUGUUCCAUAUUACUGGGCUAGUCCACCAACUUCAUUUGCCUAUUCUCCUGAAUGCUGAAAUUUAUAUGCUACCGUCCUUCACCAUGGAGGCCAUGCUUGAUGCUGUUUCCACGUUUAAAAUCAAAGAACUACUGCUUGUACCACCUAUUCUAAUUCGGAUGGUUCGUGAUCCAAUUGUCAAUCAGUAUGAUUUGUCACAUGUCGAGCGAUUCUCAUCAGGCGCUGCUCCUUUAAGUGCAGAGAUCCUAUCACUUCUAGAGAAAAUGUUCCCCGGAACAGGAUUUAAACAAGGGUAUGGUAUGACCGAGUCUUGCAGUUGUAUCACGACGCAUCCGCUUGGAAAAAUGGGUUACAAGUAUGCUUUCCGAGUCGGAACUAUCGUUGCCAACACGGAGGUAAAGAUUAUUGACCCUGAUACGGGUGCAGAGCUAGGGCAUAAUCAGCCAGGAGAAAUUCUCGCACGUGGGCCCCAAGUAGUAAUGGGGUACUUGAACAACCCUAAGGCUACACGCGAAACAUUCGAUGAAGAUGGCUGGUUACACACUGGAGAUGUGGGCAAGAUCGACGAGGAGGGUUUCAUUACUAUCACUGACCGUAUCAAGGAAAUGAUUAAAGUUAAAGGUAUUGGUGUUGCACCAGCUGAGUUAGAGGAUUUGCUCUUGGGCCAUCCCCAUGUUGAGGAUGCUGCCGUCCUUGCGGUAUCGGAUGACUAUUCUGGCGAAAAGCCCAAGGCUUAUGUGGUACUAAAACCUGAACAAAGGGGUAACAAUAUUCAGGCGAUUGGUAAAGACCUCAUCCAAUAUGUCCAAGAGAGGAAGGUGAGGCACAAGUGGCUUGUGGAAGUAGAAUUCACCGAUGAGAUUCCGAAAAGUGCAAGUGGCAAGAUUUUGAGAAGAGUGUUAAGAGACCUGCAAAGAAAAGGUGAGAAAAAAGGGGCUGUGGUGAGGGAUAAAGGCAGAGCAACAAAGCUGUAG